UUCUGAUUUGGGCUUCAGACCCAGAUUUUUUCCUACAAUAAAUGAUGUAACUAUUCUGCCUUAAGAAUCUUCUAGCAUUUCUCUUUCCAACACGACAGCCGGGGCUGGACUAGCCCCGAGAGUUGCAACGGAAGAUGGGCUACAAAGCGGGAUGUAAUCCUGGGCCGCCCCAAUAUGCCCCGCAUGAGCCGAACCGAACGGCUGGCUCCUUGCAGUUGGGGCCACCUACCUGGGACCUCCCCUUCCCUGUUUGCGACCUCUACACCCUGGCCACACUUGGAGCACCGCCGCACGGUCUGUGGGCGACCCCUCGCCACCUCUAUUGCUCGGCACUCCAACCCUGUCUAUGUUUAAGCAGAGAUGUCCAGAGAGCAGCCGCUCUCAACAUCUACCGCAUCCCACCGUCUAGCAGGAAGCCCGCUCUCUCUCCAACUCCGCGGGACCGACUAGAGUACGAUGAGGACCGACUAGAGCACAGUGAGGACCGUCCAGAGCGCCCCCUCGGAGAGCCCCAGGGCUUCCAGGACGGCGCCCGCGCAUGCGCGGACGCCGACGGGCUUGGCGAGGAGGUGGGGCUGCUGACCUCAGUCUCCUCUGCCCUCAAGUCGCCUACAUGCGCGCCCGGGAGCUGCACACUCUUGAAGUGACCGGCCUGGAGACGGUUGCCCAGAGCAAGGCCCAUGUAGCAUCCCUGGAGGGCCUCAUCCCUGAAGAUAAGGUCGUGCUUCUGGCAGGUUCUCCCUUACAGAAUGAAGCCACCCUGGGUCAGUGUGGGGUGGAAGCCCUGACGACCCUGGAAGUGGUUGGCCGCAAGCUAGGAGGUAAUAACUGCCUCUCACUGCAAGUCAACCCUGUUCAACCAGCCAGAUAUUUGUGGACAACACUUCAUAGCUCAAAACAAGGUGAACCUAACUCCUCAGCAAACCACAGAUGCUUCUGAAAGUCUCCAAGGCCAGAAGAAAACCCCUAAACAUAUACCACACUGUGGCAACUGUAGCCUAGAAGGUAAUGAAUGAAGAACACAGCAAAUAUCUGAGAGUUGCUGCCUGAAGACACAGGACAAUGACUUCAGAAGGAUGGGGAUGGGCUGGAAAACCUCUGGUCUCCACCCUCCUUACAGCUGUGAUUUGCUUCUCCCUAGGAAGGUCCUGCUUCCAUCCUUCUCCCCAUACCCCACUCACUUGAGUGUCUCACACGGGAUGGUAACUAGAUGUAACACUUGCCAAGGGGUCAUUAUCACCUACUAAAUACAAAUAGAUGUCUGGCUUGUCUGUCCACAGAGAGGUGAAUGAUGAGAGGAUUCAAUCUCCUGGAAUCAAAAGAACUUUUUGGCAUGUAUUCUACAAAUUAAAAACUCAAUGGCCAGCCGGGCAUGGUGACUCACGCCUGUAAUCCUAGCACUUUGGGAGACUGAGGCAGGCAGAUUGCCUGAGCUCAAGAGUUCGAAGGCCGGGUGCGGUGGCUUACACCUGUAAUCCCAGCACUUUGGGAGGCCUAGACGGGUGGAUCACCUGAGAUCAGGAGUUUGAGACCAGCCUGACCAACACGGAGAAACCCUGUCUCUAGUAAAAAUACAAAAAUUAGCCAGGCGUGGUGGUGCAUGCCUGUAAUCCCAGCUACUCUGGAGGCUGAGGCAGGAGAAUCGCUUGAACCUGGGAGGUGGAGGUUGCGGUGAGCCGAGAUCGUGCCACUGCACUCCAGCCUGGGCAACAAGAGCGAGACUCCAUCUCAAAAAAAAAAAAAAAAAAAAGAGUUCGAGACCACCCUGGGCAACAUGGUGAAAUCCCGUAUCCACUAAAAUACAAAAAAUUAGCCAGGUGUGGUGGCGCAUGCCUGUAGUCCCAGCUACUCGGGAGGUUGAAGCAGGAGAAUUGCUUGAACCCAGGAGGCGGAGGUUGCAGUGAGCCGAGAUUGUGCCACUGCACUGCAGCCUGGGCAACAGAGUGAGACUCUGUCUCAAAAAAAAAAAAAAAAAAAAAAAAAAACCUGGAUGACUAAAUGAGAUAUCACUGCACACCUAUUUGAACAGCUAAAAUUAAAACAAUGACAAUACCAAAUACUGGCAAGCAUGCAGAGAAACUAAAUCUCUCAUACUUUGUUGGUGGAAACAUAAAAUAGUUCCGCCACUCUGGAAAAUAGUUCAGCAGUUUCUUAAAAACCUAGACAUAUAAUAAUAAUUAUUAUUAUUAUUUUGAGACGGAGUCUCUCUCUGUCACCUAGGCUUGAGUGCAAUGGCGCGACCUCGGCUCACUGCAGCCUCAGACUCUUGGGUUCAAGCAAUUCUCCUGCCUCAGCCUCCUGAGUAGCUGGGAUUACAGGUAAUUACAGAUAAUUUUUUUGGUAUUUUUAGUAGAGACAGGGUUCCACCAUGUUGUCCAGGCUGGUCUCAAACUCCUGACCUCAGGUGAUCCACCCUCCUCGGCCUCCCAAAGUGCUGGAAUUACAGGCGUGAGCCGCGAUGCCCAGCCAACAUAUAAUUAUUAUACAACCCAGCCACUGCACUCUUGGGCAUUUAUUCUAGAGAAACAAAAACUUUUCCCCACUCAAAAGCAUGUAUGUGAAUGUUCCUAGCAGUUUAUUUUAUAAUGGUCAAUAUCUGGAAACAAUCCAAAUGUCCUUCAAUGAGUUAAUGGUUAAAAUAACUGUGGUGCACCCAUACCAUGGAAUACUGUUCAGCAAUAAAAUGGAAUGAAAUGACCUGAAUGGAUCUCAGGAGAAUUAUGCUGCAUGAAAAACACCCAUCUCAGGCCGGGUGUGGUGCUUGCAGUGAGCCGAGAUAGUGCCACUGCACUCCAGCCUGGGCAACAGAGAGAGACUCCAUCUCAAAAAAAAAAGAAAGAAAGAAAGAAAAACACCCAUCUCAAAAGGUGACCUGCUCUAUGAUUCCAUUUGUAUACCUCAUGAAAUGAUAAAAGUGUAGAAAUAGAGAACAGAUUGGUAGUUGUCAGGGGUUAAGGAGGAGAUGGUAUGAUGGGAUUAUGGUGGUGAUUACACAGAUCUACGUGAGAUAAUUACAUAAUAUUACACCCAGCCAACUACAUUUUUUAAAAAUCUUUUUUAGAGGCCGGGCGCAGUGGCUCACACUUGUAAUCCCAGCACUCUGGAAGGCCGAGGCGGGCGG